AUGGCGCGCGACAUCGUCAAGCCGCAUCGCACCAACCAUGUCAGACGUGCUCGCAAGAUCGUGACACGAAGUGCGGCUGCACGUGCUGAGGGCACUGGAGGUAAUUUGCCUGAUGCACCUCACUCGGAGCCAGAUAACAUGUCCACGGACAGUGAGGGAGGCGUCCUACUCGAGACAGCCACGCACUCACAAGCUUUGAGCGAUAGUAAGAGAGGUCCCAGAGUCGUUGAGUCGUCGAGCGAUGACAUGUCGAAGAAUGAAGACCUCGGAAAUACGCGCACCAUCGAGGGCCAACGCGACUACGCAGAUAAAUGCUCACGGUGGAUGGGGGAUCAGCGCAGGAGCGAGAACGCUGCGGAAGCCGCGCAGCCUGCUGUUCCGGUAGAUCUCGAGGAUGAACGCCGAACGCGAUAUCUUGACAUGAUCGAGGCCAGCUGGGGCGCCUCCUGGUCGGGUAAGUUCUGCAAAGCCCAAUUCUUGCCGCAAUUCGAGAACGACGCCGAAACUUCUCGACACCACCUGGUCAGAGAUAUGUCACUGACAUUGGUCAAGCAUUUCGCCGUCGUAUCUGCUUGGGCAACUCUGAAUGAGACUGCUCGAUUGCUCAAGGACCGAGUGGUGCGGCGGCGGCGGGAUCAGGUAGCUCGCGCCAGCGGGCAACCUCCCCACAUCACACCUGCCGAUAUCAAAGGUGUCUUGCUCGAGGAGGUCAAGCUACCCGAAGAUGGAAUGACCUGGGAUCGGCUAGCGAGGGACGGCCUUGUAGAGAGACCGUCGAGUGGGGAGGACUGUUGGAAAUACCAAAGGACCAGCGAUCAGAGCGAGCAGCAUAGUCGAGAUAGGAGACGAAGCUUGGCACUUUCUGGGAGCAUGGCUCGACGCGUUGGCAGCUUCUCGCUGUAG